UUAAAAAAAAAAUAAAUGGUAAAAUAGAUUAAAUUAUAUAAUACAUUAGAAGAAUUUUUAAGCUCUUCACUCUAAUCUCAUUAGUUUCUCCAUAUUAAUUUGAAUUAGAAAUAAAUUGGUGAUGAAGGUUCAUCAGUUUUAGGUUCUGUUUUAGCAAAUUGCACUAAUCUCUCAAAUUUGACAAUUAAUCUUGUUGAUAAUUAAAUUGGUGCAAUCAGUGUAUUAGACUUAGGUUCUGCUUUAUCAAAUUGCAAAAACCUCUCAAAUUUGAUACUUAAUCUUGGUUACAAUUAAAUUGGUUAAAAAGGUGCAUCAGGCUUAGGUGUUGCUUUAGCAAAUUGCACUAAUCUCUCUAAUUUAACACUUGAUCUUUAUAGGAAUUAAAUUGGUAAAUAAGGAGCAUCGGACUUAGGUAUUGCUUUAGCAAAUUGCACUUAUCUCUCAGAUUUGGCACUUUAACUAGUUGAUAAUUAAAUUGGCGAAUAAGGUGCAUAUGGCUUAGUUUCUGCUUUAACAAAUUGCUCUAAUCUCUCAAAGUUGACACUUAAUCUUGGUUCCAAUUAAAUUGGUGAUGAAGGUACAUCAUGCUUAGGUACCGCUUUAGCAAAUUGCACUAAUCUAUCUAAUUUGACACUUGAUAUUUAUUUCAAUUAAAUCGGUGUAAUUGGAGUAUCAGGAUUAGGUUCUGCUUUAGCAAAUUGCUCUAAUCUCUCAUAUUUGACGCUCAAAAUUUGUCACAAUAAAAUUGGUGAUGUAGGGGCAUAACGCUUAGGUAUUGCUUUAGCUAAUAGCACUAAUCUCUCAAAUUUGGCACUUUACCUUGACUUCAAUAAAAUUGGUAAAUAAGGUGCAUGUGGUUUAGGUUCAGCUUUAGCAAAUUGCACUAAUCUCUCAAAUUUGACACUCUGUCUUAGUGAUAAUUUAAUUGAUGCAAAUGGUGGAGCAGACUUAGGAUCUACUUUAGCAAAUUAUACUAAUCUAUCAAAUUUGACACUUUAUCUUAGUUAAAAUGAAAUCAAUGAAUCAUAAUAACAAUUGAAUGUAAAAAGUAAAUGUCUUAAAUCAAAAAGAUUAAUUGUCUUUAAAAUAUAUUUCGAUUUAUUUUGA